AUGGUCAUUGCGUCCGUCCUUGCUCGAGGCCGUGCCGCCUCCCAGAGGCUCUUCCUGCCGUCGCCCUUCGGUGUGACCUCGGCACUUUGUGGACGCAGCCACGCGUGCGCAGUGCUGUGGCACUUUCUGCACGUCACGGAUCGUGUUCGAGUGCAGAGCAUUACUUGGUGGAUUCACGCAGAUAUCCGUUGGUUCAUUUUUGAGCUGCAGCCUGCUUUGCCUGACAGCGACUUCAGCAGUGAGGAAGAGCUGCUCCCGCUGCUGCCCGCUCCUGUGGGGCCUCUGCCUCCUUUGCCAGUUCCUGAUGAACCUCGGCCUCAAUCAACUCCUCCGGAAAUCGACUAUGGGGUGAAUGCGUACUUGGCAGCUGGGUUGAAACCGUUGACUGCCAGGGAUGAGACCUUGAAGUUGCAAGCAAUCACGUAUGAGCGGAAGUGCGCCCUGAAGAAGUGGUUGAGCUUAAUCUCUGUGAACUUCCAGGCGUGGGAAAUCGCGAGACGGGCUCUGGGCCCCUUCGAGCCCAGCUUUGCGUGCAAAGGCCUGGUAGACAGUGUCAGAGAUGCUGCGCGAGUUAAGGCUUCAAGCACUUUGCAUAACCGAGCCGGACCCCUGCUCCGGUACGUGAAGUUUUGGAAGGGUCGAGGACACAAGUGCUUCCCCGUGAGUGAGGGACAGGUCUACUCCUUCUUCAAGGACGGGGGAGAUAUGGCGCCCACCUUUCCAAGGUCCCUGAUGAUUUCCAUCAGCUUCGCUGUGCACGUGUUUGGCUUGGUUUGGACUGAUGACCCGUUGAGAAGCGGGAGGGUCAAGGGCUUGGUCGCUUCCCACUAUGCGACGAAGCGCGAAGAAGUCAGGAGACCGGCUUUCACUGUGGAGCAGAUCAAGUUGUUGGAGAGGAUCGUCAUGGACAACGGGAGGUCUUCGUAUGACAGAGUCGCUGCAGGGUUCUUUCUGCUGCUCGCGUACGGUCGUUUGAGGUUCAGUGACGGGCAGAGGAUUACCAGCUUCCUGUUGGAUCAACCCGACCCCAACAAGCCUGAGCUGGGAUAUCUGGAGUGCACUGCCAAACGCACCAAGUCGCAGGUCGGCAUGAUCAAGAAGGCAAAGGUCCUGCCCGUGGUGAUCCCGUUGGCUGCGGUGGGGCUCUGCUGGAUCCCUACCUGGCUUGUCCUCCGGAUGAAGGCCGGGCUGUGCUAUGGAGGGUCGGUGCCGGAGAAUGAGCCGAUCCUCCCGGCGGUUGCGGCAGGAGGCGGCUGGACUCGAGUUCCCCUUGACGUCUCGGCGGCUAGUGAUUGGUUGAGGCAGCUGCUGAGACAUACUGCGCAGGUCGGUCCCAUCAAGGUGGGUACCCACAGCGCCAAGGCAACCAUGCUCAGUUGGGCUGCCAAAGUCGGCAUGGAUGAUGGGCCCAGGCGCUUGUUAGGCUUUCACGUGAAGACCGGAGACUCCCUGAUCGUGUACAGCAGAGACGCUAUGUCUCAUCCUAUGCGGUUGCUCGUACGCCUCAUCCUGGACGUCAAGAACGGCAAGUUUGACCCAGACUUGACCCGCUCCGGGGCUUUGGCAAGUGAGCUGGCUGGGGAGUCGGAGUCUUCCGAGGGCUCGACGGAUGAAGAGUGCAAGCAGGUGUCGGAAGAAGAGAGGGCCGUGGAAGAGGUCGUCGGCGAGUGGGACCCGGGCCACGGCCCCGACGAACACUUUGCUAGGCACCUUGUCUCACGAUGCAUUCACAAGGUUCGGGAUGAGGCUGGGUCGCAGCUGGUGUGUGGUCGCACUAUCAGCACGCGCUUCGAGGUCCUGAACAAGAAACCGGCAUUCAUGCACCCCUUGUGCUCAGGAUGUUUCAGUGUCUGA